AAAAAAGUGAAAGUGAUGGUUGAGUGCGAUAUCGGACUAGACUUGUGGCUAGAGGCUCUACUCAGGUGCCGCAACCUUCAGUCCAGUGAAUUUUCAUUUUUAUGGUCUCGGGUGUGGUGAAAAAGCAGCUCCGGCCUAAGUAUCACUAUGGAAAAAGUGUACCCUCCAGAAAAAUUUAAAGCAACAGAACCAUUGGAUUUGGAAACUUAUUUCAAAGAAUAUCAGGCAGAACUUAAUUUACCCAAACUGCCUUCAAAUGAUACCCCAAAUAAUAUUUCAAAAAUUCUACAAGAACAAUUUCAACUACCUUUUUCUAAUGAUGAUAUUUUAAACCUGGAGUCCCUUUGCACUAUUUCCAAGUUAACAUCCCACCAAGAAAACCCCAAUUUACCCCUAAAAGAUAUUCAAACAAGUCGUAAUAACCGUAGCAUGCCAGAGACACAUCAAAUUGUACCAGAAGCCAGAGGUUUAUCUACUGUUCGUAGCACAGUAAUAUUGAAUAGUGUUAAGGAUCAGCCGAAACUGUAUGAAAGGCGAUUAACUGCAACAAACAUAGAUGAUCUUAAAAUAAAAUCUGAUCCUGAUGCAAUGAAAGAUAUUGAGCCAGGAUCUGCCUUUAUUCAAAGGGUGUCGAUUCUUAUGCCAUUAGAUUUCCUACAAGGGCAUAAGCAGUCAGCAGACUAUCUCAGAGUACAAUAUGAAAUUGACAUUUUAAGCACACAGACCUUAUUAGAUUUAGCAAAUUCUAUAAAAUGCAUUUCAGAUAUGCUUGCCAUAAGGGAAGUUGAUAAUAUGGAUACGUAUAAAAGAGAAUAUCUUGGAGAUCCCAAAAUAGAAUAUCCUUCAAGGAGUUUUUUUAUAGAAAAUACUUUCUACAAUGAUAUGUCUGCACCAAACUCCAUUGAUUACUCAGAGGUAAUACAGAAUUGGGCAAUGCAAAAUAAAAUUGGAACAUUUGGAACUAAAUCUAUGAAUGUAACUAUAGGGUCUCUAAAACCUCGUUUCGGGUAUGGAUAUGUGUUUAUUCACCAAGGCAAUUGUGAACAUGUAGUUUGUUUUUCUGAUGCCAGACUUUUGCAAAACUGUGAUGAUUUAGCUUCAAACAAAUAUCCCAAAGUUGUUUUUUCGAGACGUAUUCACAACCACAUAUGUUUUAUGUGCUCAGAUGUCCACUCGUCUUGGUUAGUAGUAGGCAGUGAUCGGCUAACAGUUAAAAAUGCAUUUUUAUGCACAGAAUGCUGCAAAUCGUAUAUGUUUUUGAAUGGGGAAAAAAUUGGAAAAUUCAAAUUGUACCCUCUAUCCAACAGUUUUAUUGUCAGUGAAGCCAUAAAGGAAGCUGAUGAGGAAGAGGACAACUGAUAAUGGUGUUGGGCAGACAGAUACUAUUGGGUGAAUUUCAAUAGGGUUGCACGCGCUUCUUGACCUUUCGUUUAGUUUUAACUUGUAGUGUAGAGUUAGUGAGUGAUGGUAAAAACACUGACUGAAAAUAGUAUUGGCACUACCGCACCAACCAGGGUGAAUAAGAGAAUGAGGAUUAGACUUUAUAAAUAAACAUUAAUUUUAUUCAAGUAUUUAAUAACCUGAUUUCAUAUUUAGUUUUUAUACAUAUCUUAUAAGUAAUUAAAUUGGGAUGCUAACUUUAAAUACCUACAACAAAAAUCACAGUUCGAUUGUAAAUUAAAACAGAAAUACUUUGACUCGACAGAAGGGAGAUCAAACUUUAUAGGAAUAAUCUGACAUCAGUCUUGUAGCUAUUUUUUAUUUCACAAAAAAAAUUAUCUUUUUAAAUCUAUGUAAGUUAGUAUAUCUCUUCUUAAUACUUUUGCGUCUUCAUCUGAAACAAUCUCAUUAUUUUUAAUAUCUUUACUUUUAUUUGCAAUUACAUUUGGAAUGCCAAAAUCACUAUUGUUGGCACUGUUUUGUUGUAAAAUUAAUGGUAAAGGUAGCAUGUUUUUAACAACAUUUUUGGUAGAAUUAUUUGUCUUUUUUGUUUCCUGUCCAAGAUUGACUAGCAACGGCACUGUAUCAUCAUCUUUUCCAGUUUUAUUUGAAUUAGUCAUUCCUAUUUGUAAGCUUUCAUAGAUACCUUUGGAAUUUGAAAUAUCCUUUUCUGUGUUUUUCACUUUGAUUUCGUUUAGUAAACUUUUUUGGGUCAUAUUAUUCUGCUUUAUUCUUGCACUAAGUAAGCUAUUUUUAUGUUUGAGGUCUUCUAUGCUUACUUUGUUUUGAGAUUUAUUAAUCGUAUUGUUUAUAGUUUCCAAAACAAUUUCUUUCUCUUUUUUCAAGACAUCUUUCUCAAGCUCUGCAACAAUUUUCUUAUUUUCCUUUGAAUCGCCACUUAUUUUUUCAAUCGCUUUUAAUGCGAUACUUUCAAUUUCUUUUACUGCUUUUAUUUCAGCUAUCAGUUUUUCUUCUUUUGCCUUUUCAUCUUCUCGUUUGCUGAGUACCUCAAUCAAUUUUUUUUGUUGUUCUACUAAUUCUCCUUGUACCUUGUUUUGUUGUUGAAUUUGAUCAAGUAUUAUUUGAUGCUCUUUGAUAUGGGAGUCUUUGUUUUCUUGAAGUAGAGUUUCUGUAUCUUCUUUUUUUAUUGCUUCAAUAUCAACAUCUUCAUUGUUUUUAGGAUCAUUAACUUUCUUAUUAGAUUUCAUAUUUUUUUUGUUGUUCUCUUCUUUAACAUCUCGGCUUAAAUUAUCAUCAGAAAUUUUUUUCUCAUUUGCCUGUGAGUCUUGUGGCUCCAUUGGUUGUGGUGGCUCAUGUCUUAUCUCAGGACUGACUGUUAUCUUUGCAAUGUUUUCUUUUGUUUGAUUCAAAGUCAUAUGUUUAUUUUCAUCUUCGACAAUUACUUUUAAAUCUUUGGCUACAGGAUCAACAAGUUUCAACUCUCUUUUUUCUGAUAUAUUUGGCACUACGGGAGACAUUUGAGCAUUUUCUAAACUGCGUAUAUUUUCAUGAGUACCCAGAAUCAUCAAUACUAAACCAAUAACUAAAAUGCCUUUAGCUAACAGCCUUUCAUUGGUAUCCUUUUGUGAAAUGUAAAUAAAGCAAAUAACAGGAAAUAAAACGCAAAUAAUUAUGCCAAUAGAAGAACCAACUAAUCCCAAUACAAAUUCAAUAUUGGGAAUUAAUAUUCCAAUAACUAAGGAAAACAAAACUAUUAUUACAGUCAGUCCUUUGAAUCUCCCUUCUGGAAUAUAAUCAUUUACAUUUUCAUGUAAGGUAAUACCUUGCCUGUAAAUAAGAGAAUGUGCACUGGCCCUACAAGGAAAUAUCACUAGCGGAAAACUGAAGGCAAUUGAUAAUAUAAAUCCUAACUUUAUAACAUUAGUUAACAAUGAUGCAUCAAAACUUAACAAUAUAUUACCAGUGAAAUUUGUGUUUGCAAAAGCUACAUAGCCAAAAAAUCCUACAAAAAAAUAAACUAUAGUGCAUAUAUUAACAGCAUUUUUGAUAACAUGAUUCAUUUUUUCUAAGCUAGGAUUAUUAAUAACUUGGUAGAUUUCAAAUAAUUGAGUUUGGCAUGAUAGUGCCAUAGAAAAUAUUGGUAAACAUUGUAUUACACCUUCAGGUUUCCAAAAUACUACUUCAGUUAUCCAAUCUCCUUGAAAAAUUCGAGGCAUAGCAUCAAUUACAAUUUUUACUACUAGGCAGAUAUAGAAACCAAUAGUGGCCUUUGAGACUCCACUUAAACUAUCCACAUUUUUUAAAAGACCUAAUGGUAACACACAAAAUAAAGCUACAGCUAAUAAAAUAGAGGAUCUCAUUGUGCUGCUUGUUUCAUGUCCAGUUAUUUCCGAUAUAAUAGCUGGUCCUAGGUCCCCCAUGACAACAAAGAAUGCUAUACACGUACCUACUAGAAACCCGAUCAUUCCAACUUCUAUGGCGAACUUGCCAAAACUUCCAAAUAUGUGAUAGGCUAAAUAUUCGAAAUGUUUCCUUCGUGCUAUGAUGGCCGAUUUGAUGAGAAAGUGGCAUGAUAAUCUUGAUAUUAAAUUACUUAGUAAAAGCAUAAUUAUAGCUAGGAAGAUACCACAUUUUUUAAAGCAAUAAGGCAUUGCCAAGAUGCUGACGCCGAUUAUGCUAUUUGCCAGCGUUAACACGUGUCCAUUAUAAACUUCCAUUUUUGCUUGAUAAUUAUUGUAGAACUGAUUUUUCAAUAGUAUGUUUUCAUUUUUAAUUUGAUUUUAGCAGAAAAAUCAGGAAACUUUCAAAUUGUAAUGUAAAUAAACAGUGCCCAGGGGCCACGUCAAAGAAAUU